ACACGCGCGCGCAUAUAAAUACGUACCAUCGUACAGCAGCUGCAGCGUCAUCAAUUAAUUACUUGUUCUUCUUCACGUGAAAUUCACCAGAGACAGCCGGUGCCAUGCCGUCAUCGUCAUCGUCUUCGUCUUCACCUUCACCGGCGGUUUGUUCGCAUAAUCCGAUGCUGGAGUCCGCGCGGCCGUUCCUCCGGGGAGAGCUCGAGAACGUCGACAAGAAGCUGCCGUCUCUCCUCCGCGUGCUGCGCUCCGUCGGCGCCGGCGAGUGCUGGCACAAGCACGGCACCUUUCUCGAUCACCUUCUCGAUACCUACCGCAUCCUCAAGCUCUGGAAGGCUCCCGACACCGUCUGCCUCUGCGCCCUCUUCCACUCCGCCUACUCCAAUUCCUACGUCAAUCUCGCUAUCUUUGAUCCUUCCACCGGCCGCGACGAAGUCCGCGCUCACGUUGGCGAGGCGGCGGAGCGUCUGAUCCACCUGUUCUGCGUCGUCCCUCGCCAGUCUCUAAUUCAUGACGACCUCUUGUUUCACUACUCCGAUUCCGAGCUCGUCCAGGACCUCAAGCUUUCGGAGACCUCCCUGAGAGACGCGAAGGAGAGAGGGCGGUUCAACGAAGACGAGGCUUGGAGGAAGAAACUGCAGUCGCUCGUUCCUGCGGACGGGAUCAAGGUGAAGCACAUAAAGACCGGGGAAGACGUGCUGGUCACGAGAAGGAUCGUCGCGGUUUUCCUUAUGAUGACGAUGGCGGAUUUCAGCGACCAGAUCUUCGGUUUCCAGGACGUGUUGUUCGAGAAUUGGGACGGCCGGCUCGAGUUCAAGGGGAACAACUGGUCGGGUGUUCUGUGGCCUGGAGACGGCAAGCCAGGGCUGUGGAUGAGCUCCAUAUCAAGGAUGGGGGCAAUAUACAAUCUGAUCGUAAGAGAGGAAGAGAUUUAUCUGAUGGAAAGGAGGAAGAGAGAGGGUACCGCAGCAGGAACAGGCGGUACUGGAAGAGACGAAGAGAUAGAGCUUGUGAUACCGCCGGUGUUCGAGAAAUGUACGAGGGUACUAGAUGCAGCAGAGCAAGUGGCUGCGAGGGACUUGUACUGGGAGGCUGUAGUGAACAACUUUCCUAAUAAGAGUGGCGGCGGCGGCGGUCGUGAGGAGGAGGAGGAGGAGAUACUGUUGAAGAGGUGCAUUGAGAAGAAUCCGUUCGUUGGGGAGCCUCACGUGGUGCUGGCGCAGUGGUAUAUGGGGAAGGGGAAGUACGAGGCGGCGGCGGUUGAGGCAGAGAAGGGGCUGGGGCUGUUGCUGGAGUGGGGGAGCCCGUGGGACAAGAGAAUGUCAUGGCAGGGCUGGAUUGCUUGGGCUAGGGUUCUCUUGAUGAAAGCCACUGUCGACAAGUCAUGGCCUCACACCUCUUGGGGCAUUCUCAACCUCGGCCUAGUUAGCUUCGAAACAGCAGUUACCAAGAAAUCCCGAAACAGAAAGGGGAACCAAGAAUGCUUAGUUUCUUUCUGCGACACCAAAGAUAAUACACACAACAAAUUAGUACUUACUUUACUACUACUCAAUGGCAAAAACAGAGACCAUUAAGUAGCCAGAGGAUGAUGUUUCCGGAAGCAUGAAUAUCAGUUUACGGAACAAAGGUGCAUGCUACCUACUACAGUACGUAGUAGCAACGCAGCAUUUGUCUUAAACCUAAAUGCUGCAUGGAGAUCAAUGUUCCAUGGAGCAUUUAACAACGAUACAUGUAUGCCUGUGUACUUGUAGAAGUUGAAUCACUGCUACCGUCUGAGUUGACAUGUCAUGGCCACACAUGUGGUAGGACCUUGAUUGUAAGCCGCGGCCUUGUUCGCCGCCCUCUCUUUCUGUUUAUUCCAUCUCCUGAUGCAUGUCAUCCACAAGCAAAAACAAGGUGUGUUAGUUAUGUGACGUUUAUGGGACAAGCACAAGCUAUUUUAAGUCAUUUAGACUCUUUAUGAUUGGAUUAU